AUGGAGGUGGCUCGUACCUCCAUGAUCCACGCGGCUGCUCCCCAUUUUCUGUGGCCGUUUGCAGUCCGGUACGCUGCGCAUCAGCUCAACCUCUGGCCCCGUAUCUCCUUGCCGGAGACCUCGUAUACACUGCAUUGGACGGGGGAGGUUGGCGAUGCGUCGGUGUUCCGGUCCCGCGCUAUUCCUUGUGUCUUCCUUGGCUUCCCCCCUAACACGACUGGCUGGCAGUUUUACCACCCCACCUCGCGCCGUGUUCUGUCCUCUCAGGACGUCACGUUUGACGAGUCGGUUCCUUUCUACCGUCUCUUCCCCUACCGCACUGCCCCUCUCCCCCCCCCGCCGCUCUUCCUUGCUCCAGGUCCCCCUCCGGUAGACCCCCUCCCCCCUCAAGGUCCUGCUCCUUCAGGUGUGUCUCAGGUAGACCCACUUCCCUUGGCUGAGCCUGUCGAGGUCACUGGUGACUCUGGUGCUGCUGGGGGUGGUGCUGCUCGGGGUGCUGCGUCUGGGGGUGCUGAGCUUGCUGGUGCGGAGCCUGGGGGUGUCGAGCCUGAGCGUGCGGAGCCUAGGGGUGCUGAGCCUGGGGGUGCAGAGCCUGAGCGUGCGGAGCCUGGGGGUGCUGAGCCUGGGGGUGCUGAGCCUGAGCGUGCGGAGCCUGAGGGUGCUGAGCCUGGGGGUGCUGCUUCUGGGGGUGCUGAGCCUGGUGGUGCUGCGUCUGCUGGUGGUCUUCAAGUCACGCUGCUGGAGCCGGAGGCGCUGGAGCUGGAGGCUCUGGAGCUGGAGGCGCUGAAGCUGGAGGUGCUGGAGCUGGAGGCACUAGAGCUGGAGGCGCUGGAGCUGGAGGUGCUGGAGCUGGAGGUACUGGAGCUGGAGGCACUGGAGCAAGAGGCACUGGAGCUGGAGGCACUGGAGCUGGAGGCGCUAGCGCCGCAGGUGCUGGAGCUGGAGGUACUGGCGCUAGAGAUGCUGGAGCUGGAGGCUCUGGAGGUGGAGGUGCUGGAGCUCGAGGCCCAUGCUCAUCGUGUCCCUCGUCCGUGUCCUCCUCCUGUGCCAGGUACCCACUCUAUGGCAUUUCGUCCUUCCUCUUUUCCACAGCGCGUCCCUCUGCCGUCUCCUCCUGCGUCCUCUCUUCCUGACGUUCCGGACCCUGAGUCUGACCGUGUUCGUGCUGCCAGUCCCACGGUCACGCGUUUCAUGGCUACAGUUGUCACUGACCCGUCGUUUGAGUCUACUACUGCGUCUGCCUUAAUUGCUGAGCUUGUGGACUUUGCUGCUGCGUGUCGUCUAGACUACGCCGCUAGUCUUGUUGCUGAGUCUGAGUCUGUCUGUCCUCUGUCCGUCGGGGGUGAGUGUGCUCUUGGCACGGAUGUCCUUGAGGACAGGCAAGAGGACUUUGAGUGUCUUGCGGCUGCUGUACCUCAUCUUGUGGCUAGGCUGCUUGCACCUGAGGGAGACCCGGAUGCACUGGACAUCCCGACCCCGCGCUCUUACGCAGAGGCGAUUUUGGGUCCCUACUCCUCUCAGUGGCAGACAACCAUGGACGCAGAGAUGGCAUCCUUGAAGUCCACAGGCACUUACGUCGAUGCAGUUCCCCCUCCUGGGGCGAACAUAGUCGAUGGCAUGUGGAUUUUCAAGGUGAAGCGGCCGCCGGGUUCUCCGCUUGUCUUCAAGGCUCGUUACGUUGCUCGAGGCUUCAGUCAGCGACAGGGAGUCGACUUCUUCCAGACCUUCUCCCCUACCCCAAAGAUGACCACUCUUCGGGUGCUGUUGCACAUUGCGGCUCAGCGUGACUACGAGCUUCACUCCCUUGACAUCUCUACAGCUUUCUUGCAGGGCAGCCUGCACGAGGAGAUCUGGCUGCGCCGCCCACCUGGCUUCACUGGGUCGUUUCCUGCAGGUACCUAG